AUGCUUAAAAGACUUCUACUAAGGCCGAGAGUCGUGACCUCCACGAUAUUAAGACCUAGAAUACAGCCAGUAAUAAUCAGUCGAAAUUUUAAUCUUGAUUCGAUUGGUCUUUGGAAGAAGAAAACUGAUGCCAAACAUUUCUUUUCUAGACCUGAGGAGGAUUUAAACGCCAAUAUAAAUAAGGAAAUAAUGGAAUCCUAUAGACGGAUGCAAAAUAAGAAAAGACUACAGACAGGUAUGAUUAUCAUCAGUAGUUUAAUUAUAACGAUUAUUGGAUAUCAAGUAUGUUUUAAAGUGAUGUACCUAAAACGAGAUGCGUUUAUUGCCUUGUGGCCUAGUCCAUAUAAGAUUCAUCCAUUAACUGAAACAGAAAAGCAGUAUUUGGAUAUUCCAUAUAUGAAAAUGAUAGUUAAGAAACGAACUAUAGAGAAAGUGGUAAGAAAUGAAUUCAUUAGAGAAGAAUAUGGGGUGCCACUAAAAGUAGAUAUGCAUGAUGAUAACAAGCAAGACCAAUUCAAAGUAUGGAGUGAGGACGAAGAUUUAGUCAUCUACGGAAUUAAAUUUAGACCUAAUAGAGCCAAUAGAAGUAAACGUUCGAAUGAUAACUGGCAUGGAUUCCUUGGGUUAUUUCAAUGGAGAUUCAGUGUAAGAAGUGUCAAUUUGAUACAAAUCCUGGAGGAUUUUUCUAGUGCUAUUGGUAUUAGACUUGAUAAGAUUACAAUACCUGAAAGACGGUAUGGUUCUUUUAAAAAUGAGUAUCCCAUUCAUGAUAAUGACUAUGAUGAUUUUGAAAAUGGGACCUCUCAUGAUAGACGAAGACAUAUUUGUUUUAUUGGUAAAUUUGCUUUGAAUGAUAAUUCUACGAUUAUUUAUAAAGGUAAAUAUCAUGUUGAAACAAGAUUUGAUGAAAUAUAUUUGAUGAGAGAAGAAGAUGGUAAAUUUGUGAAAUAUUUAAUUUAUAAAGAAAACUUUUGA